UCACGUCUUCACGAGCCGUGCGGGUCGUCCAUCUACAGGCGUCCAGCUAGCUCGCCAUAAAUGCCAACCCACAACCCCCAACCGUCCACAGCUCUCAUUCACGCCCCGAAAGAAAUCACUGUCUCAGCCCUGAGCCAUCCUCAUCUCCAUCGCCGGUGUCGACGCCAUGUCUGCUUCCUCUUCGAACUCGCUCUCGAUCCCACCGGACCGGCUGCUGCCGCUCAUGGGGUGUCCACUGUGCGGUGACGAGAUCGAGUCCAAUGUUGCCAGGUCCGGCAGUCAGGCCGGUCAGCGUUUCUACAAGUGCAUCCGCUACGAUGCUCGUCAGUGUCGUUUUUUCGAGUUCCAGCGCGCUUACUGGAGGAGGAUGAGCCCGAUGCAGAUUGCUGCCGCUCAGCAGCAAGCAGGGAUGCAUCCUGGAGGGCAGGUGUUCGGUCUCCAACAUGCAAAUGCAGCAGCGCAGUUAGUUCCGGCGAUCAACCCUGUCCGGCGGCGCACUGCCAAGGCGCAGCCUGCAUUUCACAAUUUACUCAAUCUUCAUAAACAAUCUCACAAUCACAAACAACUCUGUAACUUUUAACUAUACAAUAAAAUUUCUCGGGUUAUAUCACGAAGCCCAAUUUCCUCA